GGUAUUCUGAAAGUGAACCAAAAGAGCCUUAUACACAUCCUAGUUUUUCUACUGAAUCAAGUCACUUUAGGGCUCAAAUAAGAAAAACUCAAUUUAUAAAUCCAAGUGUUAAUAACUAUAGUUUUCAAAAUAUAAGUGGGGAAUGA